AUCCAGAGAAAACAGCGUUGACUAUUAUAGACUUGAGUGAAUUUGAUGAAGGGUUAUAUACAUGUAUGGCCAGUAAUGAUGCUGGACAAGUUGAGGCUGUGGCUAAGUUGUCAAUUCAUUUGCUACCAGUCGUAGGUGAAACAGAAGAUUUGACAGUAGAAGAAGGUGGUGAUAUAAUGUUUACAUGUACCGCUGUCAAAGGAAGCCCAGUACCGGCACUCAAAUGGAGACGCAAUAAUGUUGACCUAUAUUUUGGAGCUACACUAGAGGACCCUAGAAUGGAAAUCUAUAAAGAUGGGGAGUCACUGAUACUUUACAUCAAGGAUAUCAAAAGUACAGAUAAUGGAGCAUAUACAUGCAUUGCUGAAAACUUUGCUGGUACUGAUGCCAAAAAUUUCCACCUUUUUGUUGAACAUGCUCCACAUUUUGACAGUGAGCUUACACAGACAGUAGUCAAGUCAUGGGAGGAAAAUCCAACUGAACUCAGCUGUGUUGCUAUUGGUAACCCAACACCCAUGAUGUCAUGGCAACAUAAUGGAAUGAAUUUAGAUAAUACCACACUAGUUGACCUUGGUCUUGGAAGAGUGCAAAGUUUACUUUCAGUACUCCCCAGUAAAGAUGAUUUUGGUGAUUAUAUGUGCUAUGCUGACAACUCACAUGGCUCAGUUAAUGUAACUAUCACAUUGGAAGAAACUUAUGCUCCUUUACCGCCUUCUAAAAUAAUAAUUGAUUUCACAACACCUACGAGUGUAGGUUUUAGUAUAAAAGAUCCAGAGAUGGACGGUGGAUGGCCAAUAGAAUCGUGCCAAGCAAUUCUCAGUAACAGUCGAGGUGAAGUAGUGAAAGAAUUCGAGACAGAUCUUAGCACAGGCAAGACCCAAUCCAGGUCCUUAGCACAGGCUAAGACCCGAUCCAGGUCCUUAGCACAGGCUAAGACCCAAUCCAGGUCCUUAGCACAGGCUAAGACCCAAUCCAGGUCCUUAGCACAGGCUAAGACCCGAUCCAGGUCCUUAGCACAGGCUAAGACCCGAUCCAGAUCCUUAGCACAGGCUAAGACCCAAUCCAGGUCCUUAGCACAGGCUAAGACCCGAUCCAGGUCCUUAGCACAGGCUAAGACCCAAUCCAGAUCCUUAGCACAGGCUAAGACCCAAUCCAGGUCCUUAGCACAGGCUAAGACCCGAUCCAGGUCCUUAGCACAGGCUAAGACCCAAUCCAGAUCCUUAGCACAGGCUAAUACCCAUCCAGGUCCUUAG